CCAUCGGGCGAUACGUCGAGACACUGUUUGGCCACUUCUGACACUCGCCCGGCGUUACGUCCCGUCACCACAACAUUGGCUCCCGAUUUGGCAAACUCUAGGGCUAUGGCCGCACCAAUACCCGAACUUGACCCAGUGAUCAGGGCCACUUUACCUAAACAAUCGACUGGUGCUCAGGAGAACGCCAGACAAUUGGUGAGCAAAUUGGUGGCCGAUAACAGGGAAUACGACAUAAUUGUGGACAUGUGUUGCGGAACCGCCACGGGUGGCCAUCGCCACCGCAUAUUCGGUAAAAACUAA